GCCCGUUUGUCAUCCCAAGAUUGGGCAGGAAAUCUCGGGGACCGGCCGGCGGCCAUAUCAGCUGCAUCUGGUCCGCCUUCCCUCCCCGACGACAUCGUCCUUUACUCCCCCCCCCAAACUCCAUCCGUCAAGCCGCCCAAGCCAUGGUCGCCACCAUCGAUUCCUACUCGCAAUACCAAGACGUGGCCUCCCGGGCGACCCCGUCGAUCGUCAUGUUCAAGGCGCCCUGGUGCAGUGCCUGCAAAGCCAUGGCCCCGAAAUACGCACAGCUGUCGCAGCAGUUCACCGACAUCCAAUUCCACGUCGUCGACGGCGACGAGCAGCCCGAGGUCGCAAUGGACGCCGAGAUCCAGUCGCUACCGAGCUUCCUUAUCUUCGUCGAUGGCGCCAGGCACGAUACCGUUGUCGGAGCAAACCUCAAACAGCUCGAGAAGGUCCUGCAGGAGACCCAGGCGCACUGGACUCGGCUCGUCCAGGAGGAGGCAGCCCGUCGGUCUCGCCCGAGACACACGGGCGUCCACCAGAUCGGCUCGCAUGAAGAGUAUCUGGCCGUCGUUUCGGACCAAUCCGGGCUCAUCUCCAUCAUCGACUUCCAGACACCAUGGUGCGAGCCGAGCCAGGCAAUCAGCCCCGACUAUCAAGCGUUUUCACAGCAGUAUCCGCAGGUGGCCUUUUACUGCGUCGAUGGAGACGAGGUACCCGAGGCGGCCAUCCAUGCCUCGAUCGAGGCACUGCCAACCUUUGUGGUGUUCUCGAACGGCAAGCUCGUCAGCCAGACGGUUGGAGCACUGGCCAGCAACAUCGAGGGUGCGAUCGCACAGGCAAUCACCGUCCCGAGCAGCCGAGUCGUUGUGUGAGUCGAUCGUGCAGUCCGAAACGCCAAGGUCGGCUUUGUGAGCUCUGAAGCGAUUCCAACCCUCGUUUUUGGGAGUGGAUAUGAACGGAUCUGCAGAUAUGUACUUUUGUGCAAUACAUCCAAGACGAUCUCCGAAUCAAGGUGGUGCGAAGCCCCUUUGCGGCACGACGGGCUGAUCUACAAGGAUCUCAAUCGAGCCCCCUGAUCCAGCG